UUUGGUAUAGAACGUAUUUUCGUCGGACCGUAGUACUGCUUUAGCGCCGGAGGACAGGCGCCUGCAAUACUGUACAAUACAAAUGUUGAGCAAUCCUCAAGCGUGGUUAGGCGACGGAUGUAUAGGUCAUCGUAUAAAUUCGUGCGUCGUACUGUGAGUUUAGUAUUAUAUUCCCAAAACAUGAGUUUUCACCAGUGGAACAGUUCUGCAGCUUCUGCUAUCCCUUCGGCAUCUCAGCAACAGCAUCAUCACCCUCACCCAGGCUAUACAAGUCUGGCAUGGUCCGCCGCUCAUGCACGUCCACCAUUUUACCCUCACACACCAUAUGGGCUCCCAAGCAACACUUCUGCAUCUCCACAUCUCCCACAUCCAUUGCCUGUCGCAAAUACAUUGGCAAACAUGCAUCACUUUGUGCAAGCCCCUUAUUCACCAGCUGCAGCAAGCUUUACACCGUCAAAUCCACUUACCGACAUCACUCCUACGGCUGUCAAUAAUACCGCUCCAACUACUACUACGAGAACGCAAAAACGCGGCUGCGACAGGACCAAAAUCCCGCGCGAAGAAACACAAGAACGACGACACGACUUCAAACAUUCAAACAGCAACUGUAUGUUGUGUUGGCCCAUCGACUGCGCCGACGCACACAGAUACUACGGAGCUACCUCCCCCUCCUUUGCAUAUAUACACAAAUCCUUUGCACACUCCGUCGAAGCAGAUUCUCACCACGAGUAAUGCAAGCACUCCAGACUCUUAAUUCUUACAGACAGGAGAGAUUAUGUUUCACUAGUGAUUUGAUUGCAAAAGAGGGUGACUACAAGAUUUCGGGGCCUGUGACACGAAGAGCUGCAGAGGAAUUGAUAGUUACGGGGAAGUUUGACGAGCUUGCUAACCUAUUACAAAAUGUCGACGACGAUAACGUAGAAUGAAACACAGCCAAUUCAUAUCUACUUCACUUU